AUGGCGUAUCAACACAAUCAACAACAUACGCCACCUCCACCAGGACGUAUUGAUUUUUCAGAUGAUGAAGAAGAUGAUUUAUUCUCGGAUGAUGAUAAUGAUAAUGAUACUAUCAAUCAACCACCAGUUACUCCUAAUUUGAUCACACCUUAUCAAAGAUCAUCAUCAUCUAAUACUAAUAAUCAAGGUAUUUAUAAUCCAUUCAAUCAACAACAACAACAACAACAACAAGAACCAAGUGCUCCUCAGAAUAGUUUUCAAACUUAUGGAAAUAAUGGUUCUUAUCAUCAACGUCAUAAUUCUAGACAAGGAAGUUUGGGUACUUUUUCAAUGUCUGGAGGAGGACAAAAAAGAUACUCAAGUAAUUUAAAUUCAAAUUCUGGUUCAAGUUCAUUUGGUGGUACUUUAUAUACUAAUGAAUGGGAAGAAAAUCAUCAUGAUAAAUAUAAUAAUUUACAUCAAGAUAAUUAUUAUGAUGAAUAUGGUGAUGAAGAUGAUGAUAUGUUUGAGGAAAAACCAAUGAAUUUUGGUAGAUCUAAAACAGUUAAAUUUAAUGAACCUGAAUAUCCACCAUUAACUUAUUCACCAGGUAAAAAAUCUCAAGUUAAUGUUUAUGAUUAUGAUUUAGAAGAAAAUGAUUCAAAUAGUGGAUCUACUUUAAGUAAUGGUAAUAGUAACAGUUUAGCAAGAGUCAAUACUUUUACUGGUGAUGAUUAUAUGAUUAAUCCAUUACUUGAUGCUGAUGAUGAUGAUUCUUUAGAUCCUUUUGGUGAUGAUGAAUCAUUAUUUCUGGAAACUGGUGAAGAAAUUAUACGUCGUGGUACAACUAUUAAAAGAUCUCAUACUAAUAAAAGUAGUAAAACUACUGGAAGAAAGUCAAAUACUGAUACUCAACUUAAUUUUGAUGAUGAUGAAGAUGAUGAAGACGAAGAUGAAUUUAAACCAAAAUUAACAUAUACUAAAACCAUUAAGAAGGCAAAAUUAAUUAAUGGGAAUUAUAUUAUUGAUAUGCCAGUACCAAAUUCAUUAUUAGAUACUUAUGGUAAAAGAAUUUCUACAAAUAAGAAUAAUAUUCCAAGAGAAAUGUCAUUUGUUAGAUAUACUGCAUGUACUUGUGGACCAUCAAAUUUUGUUAAAUUUAAUUAUAAUUUACGUCAAGAAUUAUACGAACCUCCAAGAACUACAGAAAUCAUGGUUUGUAUCACUAUGUAUAAUGAAGAUGAGGUUUUAUUAGGUAGAACAUUAAAAGGUGUUUUUGACAAUAUUCGUGAUCUUACCAAUAGAUCAGAUCCAAAUUGGGGUGAAGAAAGUUGGAAGAAAAUUGUUGUUGUUAUUGUAAAUGAUGGUAGAUUAGAAUUAAACAAACGUACUGAAAUUUUAUUAAAAGCAUUAGGGAUAUUUCAAGAUGGUUUCGCUAAAAGUAAAAUCAAUGAUAAAUCAGUUAAAAGUCAUAUUUAUGAAUAUACUUCAACCGUUGGCAUUGAUACUGUUAAUGAUAGAGUUCAUUUAACUUCAAAUUCAACACCAGUACAAUUUUUAUUUUGUUUAAAAGAGAAAAAUAGUAGAAAGAUUAAUUCCCAUCGUUGGUGUUUCCAAGCAUUUGGUCCAAUUAUUAAACCUAAAGUUAUCAUGUUAUUAGAUUGUGGUACUAAACCAAGUAAAGAUGCAUUCUUUUAUCUUUGGAGAGCUUUUAAAGAUGAAAAUGUAGCUGGUGCUUGUGGUGAAAUGAGAACUGCUUUAGGUCCAAGUAAAAAAUUAUUAAUUAAUCCAUUGGUAGCGGCCCAAAAUUUUGAAUAUAAAAUUUCAAAUGUUUUAGAUAAACCAAUGGAAUCAGUAUUUGGAUUUAUUAGUGUUUUACCUGGUGCUUUUAGUGCUUAUAGAUAUGAAGCAUUAUUAAAUGUUAAUGGAGAAGGACCAUUAGAAAAAUAUUUCAAAGGGGAAUAUUUACAUCAAGAUACUCAAGUUGAUGAAGACGAAGAUGAUGAUGAACGUGAUAUUAAAGAGAAAAAUUUUGAAGAAGCAGGUAUUUUCACAAGUAAUAUGUAUUUGGCAGAAGAUAGAAUCUUGUGUUUUGAAUUGGUUGCAAAGAAGAAUCAUAAUUAUAUUUUAAGAUAUGUUAAUGAAGCAAAAGCUGAAACUGAUGUACCGGAAAAUAUUGAUGAAUUUGUUUUACAACGUAGAAGAUGGUUAAAUGGAUCAAUGUUUGCUGCAGGUUAUGCAGUUUUCCAUUGGACCAAAAUUUGGAGGUCUAAUCAUUCAUUAUUUAGAAAAUUAUUUUUACAAUUGGAAUUUUAUUAUCAAUUGGUAACUAUUCUUGUUUCUUGGUUUUCAUUAGCAAGUUUCUUUUUAGUUUUCAGAAUUUUAACUGCUAAUUUAGGUGCUGAUGAUAUGAACUUUAAUGUUGGUAAAUAUUUGGCUAUUAUAUUCUUAUGGUUUUAUGUUGGAUCUGUUGUUUGUACAUUUGUUCUUGCAUUUGGUAAUACUCCAAGAGGUACCAAGAAAUUUUAUCUUGUUAUAGCCAUAUUUUUUGCUGUAUUAAUGGCAUAUAUGAUGUUUGCUGCUAUUUUCUUAGCGGUUCAUACCGUUACCUCAAUUGUUUCUGAUCAUAAGACUGAUUUCAGUAUAGUAUUGGUGUUUACCAAUACUAAAUUCAGAGACUUGGUUGUUUCCAUGGUGUCUACUUAUGUUUUAUAUUUUGUUGGAGCAUUGAUGUAUGGAGAACCAAGUUUUAUGUUUACUUCAUUUGUUCAAUAUGUUUUACUUUCACCAACUUAUAUUAAUGUGUUGAAUAUUUAUGCAUUCUGUAAUAUUCAUGAUGUUUCCUGGGGUACCAAAGGAGUAGAACAAGCUAAAGAUUUAGGAGCUGCCAAGUCAUUUGGUAAGAAUAAUGAUGAACUUGUUAUGAUUGCACCAGAAAAUCAUACUGAAGAAUUAAAUGAUAAAUAUUUAAAUGCAUUAGAAAGUUUAAGAGUUAUUCCACCACAAAUUAUUCCAUCAAAUGUUAAAAAGAGUAAAGAUGAUUCAUAUUAUGCAUUUAUAAGAACAAUAACUGUGUUAGUGUGGAUGUUAACUAAUGCAAUUUUAAUUGCAAUUGUUUUAGAAGCUGGUGGUGUUGAUAUAAUAAGUAAUAAGAAUUCAACCAAUGCCGAUGGGUCAAUUUCUGGUAAUUCACAAAUUUUCUUGACGAUUAUUUUAUGGAUUGUUGCUGGAUUAGCAUUGUUUAGAUUCUUGGGAGCUUUCUUAUUUUUGAUAUUUAAAGGAUUCCGUCCUUUGAAAUGGAAAUUAAAAGAAAGAAAGGUUAAAAAGAAGAAGAAUAAAUCAAAUUAG